AUGCAGGGCGAGAAGCGCCAAAGCUACAAUGAUUCGAACAGACAUGACUGCCGAGAUCGCAACUGUGAGUGUACCAGAGCUGUUUUGUCAAAAUCGAACUACUCGAGUGAGUUUGGUCGCUCUCAAAACUCUGGAAAGUACGAAAUCUCCUUGCUUUUGUUCGCCGUUGUCUAUGGGGUCCGUAUCCCCCCUUUGCCAGCGUCAGUAUCACAGGUGGAAGCAGCGAAAGCGAUCAUCAAUGAUCGGCCGCCGAACGAGCUGAUCAGCCCGGAAAGACUGGCCAAAAGGCUGUACCAUCUAGCCUUCCUGGAGGGAGACCCUUCAAGGCCACAUGCAAUCUAUCAUCAGCUUCAGAGUCAUGCGUUUUAUCGCAUGAACAUUGAGCGGUAUUUGCACUUGAAGGUGAUGCCAAUCUGGAAAGAAGUCGCCCAAUCGCGCUCGAAAGGAAGCUCGGUAACGAUCAUAGCGCCUGUCGGCCCCCUCAAAGGCGGCGAGACUGCCACCAAAGAAGCUUCUUUGUCGAUUCUUGGAAAAGCACCGGACACCAUCAAUGACAGUGCUAAUAGACUCGCUGGCUUAGCAAUCUUCGACGAUGACAAAGCGUACGAGACCUACGAUGGACUCGUCAAAGACUUCUGGAAGAACUACGCAUCACUCUUCUCUCGCCUAUACUUCACGCGUUUAUCUGAAGGACGAGAGAGCGACGUUGUGCCCACGGGUAAGAGCUUGUUCAGCGAGCUUUCAAAAGACAAGACGGACGCGUUCAAGUAUCUCGACAGGAAUCGGGCUUCAAGUCUGUACGACUCGCACUACCGUAUGGUCUUCCACACCUCUGCCGCGGAACUCGAACCGGCGAUGUCGAACUUCGACAACGACGAGAUGCGCAGGAUAUCGAAUUACCUGGGAUCGAAGCCUAGCAGUCAGGGCACAUUGCCUGGUAGCGAUCCUGGAGACCGGCUCGGAUCAUCUCAGUUCCAAGACACUGAGGGUUAA